AUGGCCUGUGAAAACAUCAACAGCCCAGGUGCAGGUACUUCAAGCCUUGUCUCAUCUCACCGACAGGGAACUGAAUCCUUACCACUGGUGCAUCACACAGCACUGCCCCUCACAGUAGUAAGAGGGGAGCAGGGAGGCACAGGCUUUCAGACUGGGCUGGUAAUCUGGGCUGGUCCCUCUCUGCAGGGCAGCCCUGAGCGUACAAUAAAUCAAACACAAACAUCUGGAGGAAGAAGAGAAGCAGGACUGCAAGGAGGAGGAGACCAAGCACAGUUUGCAGCAGUGGGGCUGUACUUUAAACAAGCUGUGUGGGAACGCAGUGCUGAGGAAUGUGCCCUGAUCGCAGAAGGCAGGGAUACAGGAAACAAUAAGACGAGGAGUGGGCAUUUCCUGUCCGUGCACUGGGAUUCCACACGCAGUGCUGCGCUCAGAGGAGCACAGGACCUCUCCGUCAUGAGAUCCACACGCAGCGCUGCGCUCAGAGGAGCACAAGACCUCUCUGUCACGGGAUCCACACGCAGUGCUGCGCUCAGAGGAGCACAGGACCUCUCUGUCACGGGAUCCACACGCAGUGCUGUGCUCAGAGGAGCACAGGACCUCUCUGUCAUGGGAUCCACACGCAGCACUGCACUCAGAAGAGGAAGGAUCUCUCUCUCAUGGGAUUCCACACACAGCGCUGUGCUCAAAGGAGGACAGGACCUCUCUGUCAGGGGAUCCACAUGUAACGCUGCCCUCAGGGGAGGAAGGAUCUCUCUGUCAUGGGACUGCUGUUUGGGGCAAACUGUAUAGUAAUAAUAACUGCUUUAUAGGCUGGCUAGAACUGCUUCUAAUGGAUCCCUGGACUCUGGUGUUACUGGAUAAGCAGCCUCCCCCCCACGGUGCAGUGCUGCAUCUCUGGUCAGUUGGGAGUCUGAGAUGAAGCACUGUAGCUCGGGAAGGGGGCGCUGUCACAGAGGGAUGCUGUCACAAGGGGGCGCUGUCACAGAGGGGCACUGCCACAUGGGAGGAGUUACCACAGGGGAGCGCUGUCACAGAGGGGUGCUGUCACAGGGGGGGUGCUGCCACAUGGGGGCGUUGUCUGGAAAGGUAGGUACUUUCACCUCUACGCCGAGUCAGAACCAAGGAAAGUCCUCUGGUGUGCUUGGAUUAAAUGAACACACAUUCGUUUGGAAAUAAAAACGAGUUUAGUUUAUCGCAGCUGCUGCAUUAAUUGUUCAAUCAGCCCACACUGAAAAAGCACCAGCUGAAACGCUGUAUAGAUAGUUUUACCCAUUAGCUGUAUAAACUUAUAAAAUCCCACAAAAAUCUUCUUCCAACACCAUUGAACCAGCCCUUGCUUUCCUCCCUGUCCCUCCCUCACCUUGCCCUCGGGGUCCAGUUUUCCCAGGAAUCCCUUGGGCUCUCACAUGGGGAUUCCUGGCAAUACUGUUCUUGGGGGCAAGGCUUAGCAACGUGACCUCACAGAGAGGGGUGGGUGUCGCGUCAGGACCUGCUGCGACCUCAUCGAGGAGAGGUGAUCUUGUAGCACUGGGGAGUGCUGGAUGAAUCCUCCCUGUACACAGGAUCAGACCCCACUGUCACAGCACUGUUGCUUUUCUUUGUCAAAUGGUUGGGAGAAGAGCGAAAAAUGAAAGAUGUUUCACAUUUUUUGUCUUUGAUACUUUUUGUAUUGUGUACAUUUUAAAAUUGCCCAUCAAUGCAAUACAAAGUUAUGAAGUGGAUGUAUUUAUUGGUUGCAGGUACUGCAGUGGGCUCUGUGAUAAUAAAUCCUGACAGCCUU